AUUAGUUGGGAUAUAGAAAGAGUACCACCGGUGGAUUAGUUGUAUUAGUUGUAUUAGUAGCCGGAUUCGAAUAGAGUGAAAUUGUAUUGGUUUGCUAGAGGGAUCGUCGUCGGCGAAUGUGCGCAUGUGUGUUGUCCUGGCCGUUCGUGGUGUGUUUCCAGUUCCCCAUCAUCGAUCAGUACACCGGGAAUCGGAAAAGGAUGGACGCACAAUCCCUAUUCCUUCGAUUUCGAUUUGUGUGUGAAGCGUCUCGCAGCAAACCAGAGACGAGAAAAAAAAGACAAACGGUUAAACUAUCAACUCUCAGCUUUCCCCCCACGAUACGCAUACAUACCUACCUACAUAUAACCAAGGUUAAUCUAGAUAUCUUGAUUUGAGUGGGUUUCUUUUUGGUUAGAGUUGGUAGCGGUGCGCAUCAUCGAAUGUCUUGCAG